AUGGGCGACCUCGGCAGUUUUCUUGGCGCCUUGGACGGCGCGUCGGCGCACGAGGCCGGUUGGCUCGAAGCCACGGCGGCCGCGCUCAAGGGCCAAGGUGUGGCGACGAUCGCCGAUUUAGAGGGCGCGGCAUUCGAGGAUUUCUCUUUUGCCGACAAGGAGCUCGACGCCGCGCAGAAGCGCCUCGUGCGCGCGGGGAUCGCCGCGGCGAGCACGCCGGCGCCGGUGGCUGGGGGCUCGGCGGCGGCCGCCCCUCCAGCGCCCUCGGCGGCGGAGAACGCGGCCGCCCUCUUGGCCGCGCUCAAGACGGGCACCAGCGAGGCGUCGCUGGCCAACCUCCCGCAAGAGUUCUGGCCCAGGCGCGCUCGCGCGCGCGCGCGCUGGUUCUCGCAUCUGGCCCCGUGCGCCGGUAGCUCCGACAUGCUUGACGCGUUGAACGCGGAAGUCUUGAAGCGGCAGAAGAAGGAAUCCAGCGAGGAAGCGCGCGUCUUCCUGUGCUCGGACAUCCGCAAGUGGGUGCCCGAGUGGGCCCGCUCGGGCCCUCGCGAUUUCGAAGAGGAGGCUGACGGAUCGUCCGGCGCCAGCAAGGACAUUCGUGACCUCGCCAAGGAAGUGGCGGCGGUGAAGAAAGGGCCCGAGAAGAAGGCCUACUUAACCCUCUGCCAGUGGCAACUGGCUUGGAACCGGCGCCACCUGCCCGUCGCGCGCCCCCCCCGCGCGCCUGCCUGUUAUCGCGCCGCGCGCGGCAGGUGCAUGGUCGCGCUGGUCGCCACGGGCCAGCUCGCGUGGGCUGGGGUGCAGGCGCAUCGCGACAACUGCUUGAAGGUGGCGGUUCAGGCUGCACGCGCGCGAUUUCUCGUCGCUCUCUGUUCGCCGCGCGUUGCCGCGCAGGCGGCGGCCUCGAAGCGCCGCGUGCACCUCGGCAUCGCGUGCGACGAGGAGGCGCGGAAGGCGCGCCCCUGCGUUCGUGCUUGCGCAGCGCCCUGCGUCUGUGCCGGCGCGUGGCAGCUAUGGGCCGAGCAGCUACGCUCGGGGGACCCAGAUUUCAAGCUGGGGAAGACGAUCCUGCGGGUCGACCCGCGCGCCCCACAGCUGGCGCGGGAUGCUUGCGACAGAGAAGACGGCGCCGCCCGCGCGACGGCACCGGCGGCCCGCGCCCCCGAGAAGGCGCGCGGGGCGGGCGGCGCCAGCCAGCCGUGGCGCGCCGCGCAGAGCUGGAGCAGCGGCUCCUGGGGCAGCGAUUGGCCGAAGGGCCAGAAGCGCGAGCGCUCGCGGGGCAGCGAUUGGAAGAAAAAGGACACGAGGAAGGCACGGACGCCGCCGCGCCCGGCGCAUCGCUGA